AAACACAGCCAGAGUUUCCAUUCAGAAACUUGCCUUUUGAGCCUGUGAGAGCUUUCUCUUCUGUUAUUUGUAAGUAGAGAUGGCCUUGCACUUGCCAUGGGGGUUCAUUUUCGGUCUGUUAGGCAACGUCCUCUCCUGUAUGGUCUGCCUUGCUCCCGCGCCAACUUUUUAUCAAAUUUUCAAGAAGAAAACAAGCGAAGGGUUUCAAUCUCUUCCCUAUGUGAUUGCGCUGUUAAGUGCCAUGCUCUGGCUGUUCUAUGCAGUUUUUGCAAAAGAUGCCACUCUUCUCAUCACCGUCAACUCCUUCACAUUUUUACUGGAAAUUGCAUAUCUUACUUUGUACUUUUUCUAUGCCACCAAGAAGGAUAAGAUUCUCACCACGAAACUUGUGUUCCUGUUCAAUGUUCUUGGGUUCGGUAGCAUAAGUAUCGUAGCUAUGUUCAUAUUACAUGGCAAUCAACGUGUCAACGUUUUGGGAUGGAUUUGUAUGAUUUUUGCCCUAUCCGUGUUUGUUGCACCUCUUGCGAUUGUGAGAAAAGUUAUAAAAACCAAAAGCGUGGAGUUCAUGCCAAUUUCUUUAUCUUUCUUCCUCACAUUGAGUGCGGUCAUGUGGUUCUUAUACGGUUUUCUAAGGAAAGAUUAUUACGUCGCUAUUCCAAAUGUAUUGGGAUUCAUAUUUGGCAUGCUCCAAAUGCUGCUUUAUGCAAUCUAUAGGAAACCCAGGAAAUCCUUGGAGAAGCCAACACUUGGUGAAUCAUCUGAACACGUUAUCGACGUUUCAAAGCUGGGCGCAAACACUUGCUGCGAACUGAACACUGAAGUAGCUGCACCCAAGAAUGAAAAUGACCAUGAAGAAGUUGACGAUAAUCAUGUCAAAGAACAGCCCAAGAAAAUCAACGAAGACAAAGAUCUCUCGGACACAGUUUAAGUUUUAACAGCCAUAUUAAGGGACAACGUUCUUUUUCGAUCAACCAGUCCCAGGAAUGUCCGAUAUUAUAAUUAUUGAAUGUCUAAUAUUAUAAUGAUCUCAGAUAGCUAGAGAGCUUGUAUCUAUGUAUGU